AUGGAAGUUGAGGACAAGCUUUACAAUAAUCACUUUCAAGAGACUGUGGAGGGCAUGAAGAGAGUUGGACCACCGAAUUCAGAGGAUUGGGAUAAAGUGGAGAGCCUGGUUAAGAUCCUGGUAAUAUUCUAUAACUCCACUUUAGUUGUCUCUGCCUCUAACUCGCCUAGUUCCUACAAGUGUUACACUGAGAUUGUUACCAUAGAAAGGAAUCUGAUUACAUUGGGUACUAGUACAUAUGAGAAGCUCAGGACAAAGACUUUGGUUAUGAGAGUAAAGUUUAAUAAGUAUUGGGAUGGUCUCAAAGACAUUAACAUGCUGUUGAUUUUUUCAAGUGUCUUUGACCUGAGGAACAAGAAGAAGUUUGCUGGUCUUUGCUUUGAAAAACUUUAUGGGAAAGAUAGUUCACAGAGUAAGGUGCUCAACGACUCUGUCAUUGAUGUUAUGGAAAGACUUUUUGAUGAGUACAAUGGCUUUGGAGCAUCAAAUACUGCUCCAAUAUUUGGUUCAUCGUUUCAGUCUCAGAGUCAGAGUCAAAGUGGUCAAGAGUCACAAGAUGGGGUUGUGGCUGAUUCCUUUGAAAAUGAGUAUGGAUAUGAAAGGAUGGAUUCUGUGUACAAGGAAAUGGUGAACAAGUUGGGAUUUCAGGAUCCAAGCACUGAGUUAGAGCUAUACUUGAAGGAGAAAGUAGAAAAUCCUAAACCCAAUCCCCUCGGAAUUCUGUUUGAUGUUUUAGUUUGGUGGAGGAUCAACAGUACAAAGUAUAUGAUCUUAGCUGCCAUGGCUAAGGAUGUUCUAGCUAUGCAAGUCUCUUCUGUUGCAUCAGAGUAUGCUUUUAGUACAAGUAAUCGAAUCCUUGAUCCGUCCAGAAAUUGCUUAACUCACUACAUGAUUGAGCUCCUCAUGUGCACAAGGAUGUCAAUUGGACGGACUGGGUGGAUUUGA